GGAGGGCCCCGACCACUAAAAAGACCAUUUCCUAUAUGUAUACUUUCACUAGUAUAUAACAAACAAGUUAUCAAAUAAUGGCGCUCAUUGCCAGUUCAAGUAGUUCAUCGGAUGGUGGAAGAAAACGUGCAAAGUAAGUAAGCAAGUAACCAAGCAAAGUAAGUGAGUAAGUAAGUGACCGGGUGAUCGAGAAAAACGGUCUGAUCCAAAAAGAGCACUCGGUAGUUGUUCUUGGUUGUUUGUUUUGUACGUGAGCAAUUUGGCGGAGGUUCUGUUUGCUGAUCUGUUGCUGUUGCUGCCUUGGGGUGAAGAAUUUUUACGUUUUGUUGUCGUGUUGAUUUGAUGAGGUCAGUGACCCCACGGAGUUCAGAAUGCAGCACAUGUUGAACCGUUUGACCUAUUUCCUGCUGCUGGUGUUGGUGAUUUGGUGCUGUUGUUGUGAUCAACGUCAUUUAGUGGUGUCCGGAUCAGCAGGGGAACAGGGAAACAGAACCAGCCUGUUGGGGGAUCUGGAUCCGGAUGACCCGGAGAAAGCUGAGGAGACGCUGAUUAACUUGCACUAUGCCCUCGCCGCUUCGGAAGCUCGGCAGGCUGAGCUGGGUCGACAGCUGGUUCACAAAGCCGGACAGGACAUGAGCCGGGAGGAAUUCGAAACGCUGGUGACGAAAAUUAGUGAGGAAGUUGCGCUGCUGAGGCGUCAGGCGCUGCUCCUGGCCAAGGCCUAUCAGAUCAUGCUGAUCAAGUACAAACAUCUGAAGAUGCAAUGCGGUGGCAACCAAGGCUAUCCGACAUCCGGAGGUAAUUCGCACCACUACUACGCCGAUCGAGGUCCAAAUCGCUGGGGAGAACACUACUCGAACCCACAACCACACCGUCCAAAUCACGAUUACGUACCCUACCGGGAUGAGUCGGUAGAAAGCAGCCAACAGGAAUGUAUCUGUCCAGUGGCGAAACCUGCCGCCUCGAAUGUAAUGGGCAACAAGUACUACUACUUCAAUUACGUACAGUACCCGAAAGCUCCGAGCAAUGUGAGACCCGUGGACAAUUACGUUGUCGAAUCGUCAAGCUCGAUGGAAGAUUAUGAGAAGCUUGCCCAGCAAUCUCAUCAUCAUCAUCAUCAUAAUCACAAUAAUCGGUAUUCAUCUCAUCAUCGACCGUCUUCGAGUUCUUCGUACAGUUCUUCGUACGGCAGCAGUCAUAAACCUUCGUACGAAUCUUCUUACCAAUCGUCUUACCAAUCAUCGUACCAGCCACCUCCCCCACCUUCUCCACCGAAUCGUUACGGAAGCAGCCAUGGAAGUCACUCGAGUUCCGGCGGAAGUCACAGCAGCAAACCGUCAAUGCGAAUCCCUUCGGAGAUGCUGAACCGCUUACCAAACUUCUCAGAUCCGGAUGAUCCGGAUGGCUCAGGAGCGUUCGAUUGGGUCAAACGAUUCCCCCAGACGAAGCACUCGAUCAAACCCACCUGGAAUUCGUUGAUCGAAAGUCAGACCGAUAUCCUGGACGAUGGGGAUCUCCAAUCGGUGGGUGGUUCCGAUUGGAGUCAACCGCCUCGCAGUAGUGGAAGCAACAGGAGAUCCGAUAAGUACUCUCCCCGGAAAACGGCGGACAAGCUGCCGAACAUGUACAACAGUGACGAGGUGCAGUCGGCCAUUAACUAUUGGUUGAAGCAAACCACACAGAAAUAGGGAUGGAAUGUUAGGGAAAGGUGAGCUUAAAAAAAGUUUUUUUUCGAAGAAGUUGAUCUUAAAUUUGUUGGAAGUUGAAGAAUUUUAGCUUAGAAAACAAUUUUGUUUUGAGAGCUCAUUCUUAUUCAUUUGAAUAUAUUCAAUCUAAAUAGAUAGGAUUGUAAUUUAAAAGGACCAUUAUCAACAAUAGCUAAUUUUGUGAAUUUUUAUGAUAAUGUGGUAUCAAGUUUUUUUUUUAAAUUUGUUUCUUUUAUGCAAAUAUGAUAAGCCAUCAAUUUGGAAAUCCCAGAGUAAUAUUUUUUAAAUUAGUAAACGAAACUGUUCAAAUUUCCAUUUUUUUCCGAGUUGCCCAGAUAUUCAGUGAAAAAUUAGUGUCAAGUCCGGUCUGGCCGGUUUUUUUUUAAUAGCUGUCAGGAUUUGUUUCGGAUAUUUUUACAUUAUUUCCUAAUUUUAGCGAAAUAUUGAAAUCAUUUUUUGCCAUUUAAAGACUUCAGGAUCAAAAAUACGAAGCGUUAUUUAGCUUUUGGAAGCUUUGAAUAUGAUUGGAUGAAAAAUUUGUAACUGAAAUGGUUUAAUUAGUAUUUCUCCUGAUUUUUUCUACAAACAAUGUCUGCGUAUUGCUUAACAUUUCCCAAAUGUUACUUUUUUUUUGUAAUUAAAAUUUUUAAAUAAUUUUUCUGCUUGAAAUUGCCUAGCACCCCAAAAAUCAUUUCGUCCUAUCUUUAAUUUUUAAAAAAUUGUUUAAAAUCAAUCAAAUGAAAGUUUAAAAUCAAAAACUUCUUAUUCAAACCAUGAUCUUAUUAUUAAAAAACAGAUCGUUUACACAGCCGUUAAAAAAUUUAGAAAUUUCACAAUCUCUUUAAAUUGUCUUUUCUUCAGCUUCUUGUAUAUUUUAACAAAUUUAACAGGUGGAAAAAAAAUUUUUACUGAAAAAAAUCUGACAUUUUCUAAAGUCGUACCAAUUUUUGUCUAAAUAUGUUAUGUUAUUUUUAAUUUUUGGUUAAUCCAAUCAUGAAUGAUUUACAGUCAAGUCCAGUUCGCCAUAGAAGUACGGAAUUAACUGGAUGAUGAAUUUUUUCCGGAUAAAUAUUUUCACAAUAUUUGUAAAUUUAAGCGAAAUACUGAAAUCAAGUUAUGUCAUGUGAAAAUUUCUAUUUUUAACAAUCGAUGUGUAAUUAAGCUUUCGGAAGCUUUGAAUAAGAUUGGAUAAAAUUUUUGUAAAUGAAAUGGUUUAAUUUAUAUUUCUCUUGUUUUUUUCUCCGAUUAAUGUCUGCGUUUUGCCUAAAUUUUUCUGUGUUUUACUCGGUUUUUUUUACUAUAUUUUUAAAGUAACUAUUUGACCUGAAAUUUCCUAGCAAGCAAAAAUUUAUUUCGUCCUACCUUUAGGAAGUUUUCAAAGUAUUAACGUGAUUUUUUUUUUUUUUUUUUUGAAAGGGAAUGAGAAAUUUUGCAAAGUAAACAAAUGAUAGUUUUUAAUCAAAAGCUUUUUAGUGGAAGUAUGAACUUUUCAUUUAAAAAAAAUAAACGGAUCAUUCACAAAGCCGUUAAAAAGUAGUUUUUUUUUACAAACUCUAUAGAGUGUAUUUACUCCACGUUCUUGUAUAUUCUAACAAAUUUAACACGUGAUUUUUUUUAUUCGACAUUAGCUAAAUUCAGGCCCAUUUUUGUUAAUAUAUUUUUUUAUAUUAUUUCAAAUAUUUUGGUUGUUCCAAUUUUUAUUGAUUGGCAGCCAGAUUUGGUAAAAUUAAGGAAAAAUCACAGCAAAUAAUAAUAGUAUAAUUACAAAAAUAAUUUUUGUGUGAAGGUUUCAGCAAAUAUAUUUUUUAGAUAACUCAGAAAUUGUCGGGUAUUUUUCUAGAAUAAAUUAUAAAUGCACGAUCGACAUAUUUACUUUUGUAAACCAAAAAGCAUAAUCAUUAAUUAAAAAAAUAUAUUGAAUCAAACUAGAUAUUUUUUGUUUAAAUCCAAAAAAAUGACAAAAUUUUCGAAAUCUCAGUGUAUCGCAGAAAAAAAGAAAGUGGUUUGACUUAAGCUCACAUUUGAUAUGAUAUAUUUUCCUAAUUUUUAAUAGCUGACGGUAAAAGUAAAAUAUAUAUUCAAAUUUAUAAAAAUUCUUGAUUUGAUCUUUCAAAAUCUGGAGGUUUGUUACUAAUUGUCAUGAAUAGUAUCGUUUAGAAUUUCUAAUUUAAUAUUAAAUUGAAUUAACUCUUUAAUGAAUAGUGUUGUUUUGAAAAUAACACUUAUCGAAUUCCAAAUAUCUCGGAAACGCUGAAUUUUUUUCUGGGUUGUACCGACAAAAAAUAUUCUAGAGAUAAAAAGAAAUUAGCCUCUGGCAUUAUUUUUACAAUAAUUUUAUGUAUGUGUGAGAAUUCAAUCAAAAUUAGCGGAAAAAAUGCAAAAAUUUCAUUUAUUAACUUUUUUGAAAAAAGAAGUUUCUAGACAGUCGCUGUUAAUUUUUUGGAUUUGAAAAUUCUAACAAAUUUUACAAUUUUUAUCAUUCACAAACACCUUCCUUCACCCAGUUAACAAGGUUUGGAAGAAAUUUGCUAAAUCGUUUUGAAAUGAAUUAAGAAUUUCUAAAACUAUUUUAGGCUGGAACAAAUAACAAUUUCUUCUUUUGUCACCCCCCCUUCAAAAUUUCCAAAAAUCCAAAGGGGGAAAUAAAUAAAGUUUGAAGUAAUUUAUGUAAAUUUCGAUAAAAAAAAUUCCAUAUCUGAAAGAUUACAAGACCAAAAAAUAAAUUUAAGACGAUGGGAGUCAUUUCACCUUUUGUUUUCUUGGUAUUGAAUUAUUCGAUUAAAAUAUUCCUUGAUUCAAAGAUUUUGUGCAACGAUAUAGAAUGCAAUUUUGUUGCAUACAAGCUUCCUCGCAAUUUAUUCCAAUUUAUUAGUUUUUCAAAUUAUUUUUUAUAGUCCCUCCCUCCCUCGCGAUGUUCAAACUCCGAGUUACAAAAGAAGGAUUUGUAAUUUGGUCCGGCCUAAUUACUUUGAAGAGCCAUAAAUUGAAGAGUUCUCAAAAUAACGACUUCAAACCCGUUUAGUUGUGUAAUUCGAAUUGAAAUGUUGCAAUUCUCUUCUUCUUGGGAUUGUGAUAUAGUUCAGUUGGCAAAUCAGUUGCUUCCUGAGCCGAAGUCCGUGAGUUUGAGCCCAAGAGUAAAUAUUGAUCCCGGAUUCGUAGAAAAAAGCCCGGAUUUUUCCCUGAUAUAUUCACUUUAUUUGCCAAAACAAACAAAAAAAAAUGAUGUAAAAAUUUUCAUUUAUGCGUCAAUAACGAAAUUUUUUGAGUAAGUUUUAUAAAAAUAAUCAUUAGAAGUUUUUUGAAAGUCUAAAAUACAAUUAUAAAACUGCCGAUAGAAAAAGUUUUUAUUCGAUUUUUUUUCUUGAUUUGUUUUGAGUAAUUCCUGAAUUUUGGCAAAAUUUGCCCGGAUUUUGCUCGGAUUUUUGGUCGAAAAUCUAAAAUCAAAUGCUUGGAUUUUGCCAGAUUUUUGAAUUAAAUAGCCUUAAUUCAUCCUGCCCGGGUACACGCUGAAAAAAUUUUGGCAACCUCUGGUUAAAUUUUAUCCUUAAUUCCUUUUUUUUUGUUUCAACACAGAAAAUUAGAAAAAAAGAUUUAUGAACCUUAUUUGACUUUUAAAAUUCAUAAAAUAUGUUAUAUUGUAAAUAGAUCGGUUUUUAUGCUUACAGCGUAUUUUGAAAAAAACUUUUAUGAUUGUCUAGAGAUUUAACUUUAUAAAAUUCAAAUCCGAAGAUUUGUUAUAUAUUUUUUUGUCUGAAUAUUAUUUUACCUUUUUCUAAAAUAUUCAUUGAAUUUUGAUUGAUUUGAAAGACUUUAAAGCAAGGCACAUUGUUCAUAAAUGUUUAAUCAUCAACUGGAAAUGUCAAUUUUGUUUUUUUUUAUAAUUUAUCGAUUUAAAAUAUUAGGACCUUGUUCAAAUUUUCUGUAGAAUUAAUAAUGUAUUCAGAAAAUAAUAAUAAAAACAAAAAUGGAACAGAAAGUUCAGUUUCCAAAAAAUUUUGUUCGAUAUUUCUUGGUUAAAAUCGUCUUAAUUUGAAGCUCCACUGCAAAGAAUUGACAGAUUGAAGAUUAGUUAUUAAUUGACAAAACUAUUCCACAAUCUUGUUUGUAAAAUUUUUUAGCGACUUUUCAAAAUUGUAACCAUUCAGAGACAUUAUCAUUAUAAAAAUCUCAAAAUAGGUAGGAAGUAAAAGCACAAAUAAAUCAACAUAGGCUAAAGUGAACAUUCGGACUGAUGAACGACCAAAUUUAUUAUUCUUCAUAUUCAUCUUUAUCAGCAAACAUUAUGAUCAUUUAUUUAUUAUCUCACUAGGAUUAAGAAAGCAAAAAGUUGUAAAUAGUUAAAGCGGGGAAAGGUUGAUUUUGCACAGUUUAUCAGAUGACAGGACAUUCACCUUGACUAAAAGCCUUUCCCGUCUCCUGUCUGGAGUAUUAAGUGAGUGGAAAGCUCUUAAGUGAUCGUGAAUGUUUUUGUAGCACUCGAAGGGGUUCAUUAUGUAAUAGUUUAAAAAAAAUGUCGAUAUGUUUUUUCUCUCAAUAAAUGUGAUAAAAGUUCUUA